UUACACACAGAUUUGUCAUUGUACGAUUCAUUUGUUACCAAGUUCAUAAUUUUCUUUCCAUUUCCUCCACCUGCCCAAUUCCUGGCCACACCAAUUCCUGGCCCCACCAAUUGGGCUUCUCAACAUGUUUAGUCAACAACAGCCGGUUUCUUCAUCUUUUCGCCUUAAAAUCCAUUCAACAGCCACCUUUACUGCAAAAAUCAGUGAGCAGUGCGGCCCAAUUUCUUCAUCCUUAAUUCAUUCCGCAGGCCCCCUCUCCUGCAAAAAUCCGUGAGCAGUGACACCCAAAUUCUUCAUCUUUACGCCUUCAAAUUCAUUCCACAAGCCCUCAUUACUGAAAAAAUCGGUAAGUACGGAAACCCAUUUCAAUGGCGGUGGGGAGGAAGAACAAGAUGCGGUGCGAGAUGUGCAGUAAAGACAGCGCUUUGCGCUGCGAGGCGGACUGUGCAAAUCUGUGCUGGGAAUGCGAUGCAAAGGUGCAUUCAGCAAAUUUCUUGGUUGCGAGGCAUUUGAGGAUUGUUCUGUGUUGCAGAUGCCAUGGACAAACCCGCACGGCCAUUUGCGGGGCUUGCCCAAGGGCGGAAUUUCGUCUGUGCAGGACUUGCUCAGAAUUGGGCGAUUCAAGGCAGAAUGCGGACAUGAAAGUGCUUUCAGUCCUGGAAAGGUGGUGCAAGGCGCUGAAUCUGAGUAGCCCUUGUACGGUUUCUUUAGCCAUGAAUUUGGUUGAAAAAGGGCGGCUGAAACAGGGUAACUUAUGUAGGCAGAAAAUAAGAGUUUAUCUCGCUGCUGCGCUCUGGUCUGCUGCGUCACUCUGCGAAAAUGAGGGCAGUUUGCCAGGCUUGAAGAAGGUUGAAGAAUGCUGCGGAAUACCAGUGAAAUUGAUCGUUUUGGCUCAGUCCAGGUUGUGUUCUUCUCUGGACUGGAAAAUGGCUGACCAGGUUGAAGAGGGUUCGGCAGAGUGCUCAUCUUAGACAUUUAGGAGAGGUACUUAUUUGUUGCUUGAUAAACACAAAUGUAUCAUCUAAAAUGGUUUAGUAAAAUGGAAAUGUAAUUUAGAGAUCUUGGCACAUUAAGUGUGUGAUGUUUAACUUCA